UGUUGUGUGUACCUUUCCGUUCUGUUUGCUAUUUCUGGUGCUACAGCGUAAUUAUUUGGGGGCGUUGUGGCGUGCUGCAAACGAUCCACACGUGUUUAAGCUUCGUUAAGAACCAUGGUUCAGUAUUGUUGUUGUUUUGGCUGCAACGAGAAGUACGUGAAAGGAGGAGGAGUCACGUUUCAUAGUUUUCCUAAAGAUGAGGCAAGAAAGAAAGUGUGGGUGCAAAAACUUAGGAGAGAGAAUUUUACUCCUACAAAAUUUUCAAAAGUUUGUUCAAAACAUUUUGAAGAAAACUGUUUUGAUAGAGAAAAGUUUGGAGGUGUUUGGCUUAAAGCUGAUGCAGUACCUACAAUAUUUAAUUUUCCUAAACGUUUGAUUAAUCAAACUACUAGAAGAAAAUCCCCUGUAAAAAGAAUAACAGAUGUUACAACACACACUCAUUCAAAGGCUUCUUCAUCUGUACCUUGUGCAGAUGAGUCGCACAGUGAAAGAAGUGUAAAUGAUGAAAGUACCUCAUCAACUGAAAAGAUUUCUGCAAGUACAAAGCGUCCUUUGAGAUAUAUUGGUGACUUUGUUGAUGAAGAUAUGGACUCUCCAUUGAAAGCCAGACAAGUUUUAAAAAUAGCUCGUAAACAAAUCUGUCAACAGAAAAAAAAGAUUGUGCAUUUACGGUCACAGAAUAUGAAGUUCAGAAGGAAAAUUUCAUCAUUGGAAAAUCUUCUUACUGAAAUCAAAGAAAAAGCACAAAUGUCUGAUGAUGCUCUUCACGUCUUAAGAGGUAUGAAUUUGAAUACACACUUGCAAUAUGAUCUAAUUAGGAGGAUUUAAUUUACAAUAUCUUAAAUUUCACAUGUUAAUCAGUAUCAAAUCUCAAGAUACCUAUAAGAGAUGCAUAACUAAGAGCGAAAGGCAUAUAUGAUUAAUCUGAAAGGCAUGAUGAUUAUCUUCUCACGAUCCAAACGACUCUCCCAGGUCCCAGUAAGGAAUUGGUGAAGAGGUCAAUGUUUGAUGGGAAAAGGCAGUAUCCUCCAGACCUUAGGUCAUUUGCCAUGACACUGCAAUUUUAUUCAUCAAAAGCCUAUAAUUAUGUGCGAGAAAAUUUUAAUUCUGCCCUCCCUCAUGUAUCCACAUUGAGGAAGUGGUAUACUGUUGAAAGUGGUUUACCUGGUAUUAGUAAAGGAGCAUUAAUUGCCUUAAAGGCAAAAGCUAAAGGAAAAGAAGUGUACUGUUGUCUAAUCAUUGACGAAAUGGCCUUACGCCAACAUGUGGAAUGGGAUGGUAGGAAGUUCUCUGGCUAUAUAGAUUAUGGUACAGGUCUUGAUAACGACCAACUUCCUGUGGCUGAAGAGGCCUGGGUAUUAAUGCUGAAUGCUGUUAAUGGCCAUUGAAAACUACCAAUUGGGUAUUUUCUAAUUAAUGGUUUGGGAGCAUCAGAGAGGGCUAAUUUUAUUAGUCUCGCUCUGGAUUAUUUGUUAGAAACAGGGGUGAAUGUUGUAUCACUGACAUUUGAUGGCCACAGUAGUAACUUUGCAAUGGCACGAUGCUUGGGUGCAAAUGUAGAUCCAAGUAGUGACAAGUUUUGCCCAUUUUUCAACCACAGCUCUUCAGGAGUGAACAUUUAUAUUGUUUUAGAUGCUUGUCACAUGAUUAAGUUAGUGAGAAACAUGUUAGCAACAAAGGGCAUUCUUUUAGAUGCAACUGGAAGAUGUAUAAAUUGGAAAUACAUUGAAAAUUUAGCAGAAGAGCAGGAAGAAGAGGGUUGCUGCUACAAAACUAAGAGCUAGGCAAGUUCAAUGGGAGAGGGGCUGAUGCAACAGCCAACUUUGCCUUGGUCUUUGAUGGGCUGUUCGAUAUAUUGAAUAGCAAGAAUCUCCUGAGCAAAGGUUAAAAAGGUUCCAUUAAGGCCUGAAAAUGCCAGUGAAAUAUUUGAAUUUUUAAGGAGCAGUGAAGAGUAUAUUCAAGGUCUCUGCCUAGAAAAUGGGGUUCCUGUACUAGAAUCCAAUAGAAAAACUGGUGUAAUGGGUUUUAUAAUUACAUUAAGAAGUGUUAUGGGAUUGUAUGAACAGUAUGUGAGGAAAGGAAAGCUCAAGUUCCUCGUAACCUACAAGUUUAGUCAGGAUCAUCUGGAAAUGUUUUUCAGCUGCAUAAGGAGCAAAGGCGGAUUUAACAACAAUCCUACUGC